AUGGAAGGGGAACCGUAUCAGAACGCGAGCACGGUCAACGGCACCCCCGUGAAUCAGCAGCCUUUGGAACGUCACGGGCUGUGGGAAGUCAUCAGCAUUGCCGCUGUAACUGCUGUGGUGAGCCUGGUCACCAUCGUGGGCAAUGUCUUGGUCAUGAUCUCCUUCAAAGUGAACAGUCAGCUCAAGACGGUCAACAACUAUUACCUGCUCAGCUUGGCCUGCGCAGACCUCAUCAUCGGGGUCUUCUCCAUGAACCUCUACACCACCUACAUCCUCAUGGGCCGCUGGGUGCUUGGGAGUCUGGCUUGCGACCUCUGGCUCGCCCUGGACUAUGUGGCCAGCAAUGCUUCCGUCAUGAACCUUCUGGUGAUCAGCUUUGAUCGUUACUUUUCCAUUACAAGGCCGCUGACGUACCGGGCCAAGCGCACCCCCAAGAGAGCUGGCAUCAUGAUCGGCUUAGCCUGGCUCAUCUCCUUCCUGCUCUGGGCCCCGGCAAUCCUGUGCUGGCAGUACUUGGUCGGGAAGCGGACAGUGCCCCCACAUGAGUGCCAGAUCCAGUUCCUCUCUGAGCCCACCAUCACUUUCGGCACGGCUAUCGCUGCCUUCUACAUCCCCGUGUCUGUCAUGACGAUCCUCUACUGCCGAAUUUACCGGGAAACAGAGAAGCGGACCAAGGACUUGGCCGAUCUCCAAGGCUCUGACUCUGUGGCCGAGGUGGGGAGGCAGCGGCAGCCAGCACACAGGGCUCUGCUCCGGUCCUGCUUCCGCUGCCCACGACCACCCCUGGGCCAGAGGGAGAGGAGCCAGGUGUCCUGGUCAUCCUCCCGCAGGAGCACCUCCACCACCGGGAAGUCCUCGCAAGGCCCUGGCCCUAGUGUCGACUGGGUCAGACCCGAGCAACUCACCGCUGGCAGCAGCUGCCCCUCCUCAGAGGAUGAGGACAAGUCUUCCAGUGGCUCUGUCUGCCAAGUGGUCUACAAGAGUCAACCCAAGGAGAGCCCCCAGGAAGAAUUCAGUGCUGAGGAGGCCAAGGAAACUUUCACGAAAGCUCAGGCUGAAAAAAAUGACUAUGACACCCCAAAAUAUUUCCUGUCUCCAGCUGCUUCUCACAGACCCAAGAGUCAGAAAUGUGUGGCCUACAAGUUCCGGUUGGUGGUGAAAGCUGAGGGGUCCCAGGAGGCCAGUAACGGCUGUCGCAAGGUGAAAGUCAUGCCCUGUUCCCUCGCAGUGUCCAAGGACCCUCCAGCCAGGGGCCUUGACCCCAGCCUCAGCCACCAAAUGACCAAACGGAAGAGGAUGGUCCUGGUCAAAGAAAGGAAGGCAGCCCAGACCCUGAGUGCCAUUCUCCUGGCCUUCAUCCUCACGUGGACCCCGUACAACAUCAUGGUCCUGGUGUCCACCUUCUGCGACAAGUGUGUCCCCGUCACCCUGUGGCACCUGGGCUACUGGUUGUGCUACGUCAACAGCACUGUCAACCCCAUGUGUUAUGCCCUCUGCAACAGAACCUUCCGGAAGACCUUUAAGAUGCUGCUGCUCUGUCGAUGGAAAAAGAAAAAGGCAGAAGAGAAGCUGUACUGGCAGGGGAACAGCAAGCUACCCUGAGCAGUUCACAGCUCUGACCGUCAUCUACUUAUGGUUUGCUUACGUUCCAUUAAA